ACAAUGUCUAUAUCACUCUCUGGCUUCAUCAUCCCUAUUCGCCUCCGAACCUCCAAUUCUUUGGCUCUGUUCCUGUACGCCGCCACUUGGACCGUGUUUCUAGUGUUAACGGUGGGCGUGGUGUCAUUCUCGACGGAGAUGGCUUUCGUGUCAGCCGUGACGUCUUCUUCUUCCUUUUCUAAAAGUUGCAAGAUGGAUGGUUCCAUCAGAGUGCCGUUGGACGUUCCCGGUGCCAUGCUCUGUUUUCCGGCUCCCCUGUUCCAUAAGUCCAAGCUCGAUGUCAUCGUUCCGCCUAUUUUAUCCGUCGUCGUCGUCACUGCUUCUGCUUUUAUGGUUCGAGCCCUAGGCCUGUGGGAUCAUCAUCAAUCACAUUGAUAUUUCUUCUCCGAUUGUUUUAGAUUAUGAUAUUCUUCUUGAAUAUAAUUUUCCAGUCAAGUUCUGGAAUGCAGAUCUUAACCGACCGUAAUGAUAGUAUGCGUUUCAUAAUCUGAAUUG